AUGCGUUUUUGGCCACCCUUUCAUACAUAUUCACUUGACAUUAUAUCAACUAUUCCAAAUAAAUUCAUUUUUCGUGCACCAGAUCGUAUACGUCUUCAAAUGACUGUUGAUCAUCUUGAAAUAAAUGAAAAUCCUGGUACAUGUUUAACUCAUUAUAAUCAUAGUACACGUUUAUGGGAAUGUUUUCAUUCGCCAUCUACAAUUGGACAUCAUCGUCUUUUUAUUUGGGCUUUAGACAAUGAAAAAGAUGAGCAAUGGUUGACUGCUGUUCGAUUUGACAUAUAUAUUGAACAGAAAACUGAAUCAAAAUCUUAUCCAAUUACAACUAAUAUAUUCAAUAGACUUCGAUGUGAAUUAAUAACACCAAUGAAUGGUAUUCUUUCACGAAAAAAUUUACCAUCUCAUAUUAUUAUUCGUGCACCUAAUGUUCAUGAUGUACAAUUACAAAUUGAUGAACAAACAUUAAUUAAAGGGAGAUCUUAUCAAAAUGACAUUUAUAAACUUGAAAUUCCAACUGUAAUAUCUGAUCAUGCUACAAAAUGUGUAGUUAUGGGUAUAUAUUCUGAUGAUAUGUAUUAUUCGAUAUUGAUUACAUAUAAAAUCGAAUAA